AUGAUCAGAGAAGACCUACCGGUAAGAAGUAUUUUGAUGCUUCCUGAUGAUAUCGUGUUAAACUGCUUAGCCCGGGUCUCAAGAUCUUACUACCCAACUCUCUCCUUAGUCUCCAAGAGAUUCCACUCUCUCCUUACUUCACCAGAGCUUUACCAGAUCCGAACUCUCUUAGGCUACAUAGAGACUGGUCCCUAUGUCUGCUUAAGAUCCUCCACCAAAUCCUUACAUUGGUACAUUCUCUCUCAGACACCACAUAGUACCACAAAGAUUCUUGUCCCGGUUCCAUCUCCAAAUUGGCCUACUGAUUUUAAGUUGGAUGUUGCACUGAUUGCUCCUAAUUCAUAUGCUAUUAGCGGAUUAAGAAAUUAUAAUGCAUCGUCUAACGUCCUACUCAUGGACUAUAGUUCUAACCAAAGGUGUGAGGCCCCAAGGAUACAACAAGUAGCUCGUGUAUCGCCAUCUGCUUGUAUUGACCAAAAUACAUAUAUAAUGCGAGGCUGCAAAAAGCAUGAUCCGAAAAACCGGAUAGUGAUUUACGAUACAAAUAUCGUUGAUUGGGAGGUUUUUGAGAUCUCUAGAAAACAAUUGCGCGGCGACUCCAAGUAUAAAAGGAUUAGAUAUGAAAGAAUUAUGUAUACCAAGUCUCCUAGCAAAGAUGACACUAUCAAGCUGUAUAAAGGUAUAUGGAGGAGGAAAGACAUAAAGGGGAUUAAAAGAAGUGGUAAGUCAUCAUCUGAUUGUGUGAUAGGGAACGUAUUCUACCGUCGUCCUCGUCGUGGUACGGUUGAGUGGUAUGACCCUAACAAAAGAUUAUGGCAAAACUUGAAAGGUUUGAAUGGUUUGGAAGAAUUGCCUCGUAAUGUUAAACUCGCGAAUUAUGGUGGGAAAAUGGCGGUUUUGUGGGAGGAGUGUGUGCUUGUUGGGAACCUUCAAGAGAAUACAAUCUGGUGUAAGGUAAUUGCUCUUCACAAAGACCAACACAUGGAGAUUUGUGGGACGCUUGAAUGGUUUGGCAAAGUUUUUACAUCCAAUGAGCCAUAUGGGCUAGUUCAUGCUUUUUCUGCUGAAGGAUUUUGA